AUGAUGGAGCCACGACCUCCGCUUGACUGGGCCAAGCUGCUUGCCAAGAGAGAUGAAGAGGAAAGGAUACGCCGGGAAGAUUUUCCGCAACCCGGGAGCAUUUUUGGCGCCGAGGAUCCCGAAGUUGCACACGUGACUGCCGAGGAGGUGGUUGAAUUCAGGUCAGCCAACAACGACGCAGUUGUCAAAGAUCCGGGAGCGCAGGAACGUCCACGCACAGGCGUGACAACCAACCCCGUGGCAUCAUUCGACGAGGCACUUGCAAUGCAUCCAGAAAUCUUUGACGAAAUGUGUAGGAAGAAUUCCAAGGAACCGUCACCGACGCACAACCAAGCCUUGCGAAGUCUGCUUCAAGGUAACGACCUGUCUAGUGUCGCACAGACGGUUGCACGCAAGACUAUUGGUGACAUCUUACCUGCUGCCUUGGACCUAGCUGACAGCCACGCUCAUCAAAGAGAGGGAUGGCAAAGCCCAUCCUGUCUCGUCUUGGCCCCGACACGCGAACUAGCCCAGCAAAUAGAGAGAGAGACAAAGAAAUACCACUACCGAGGGGCAAAGUCCGUGUGCACUUACGGAGACAGCAGUUGGUUAGAGCAGGUCGACGCAGUUAAACAAGGAGUGUAG